CCCAUCAAACACAUCCCAUCUCUUCCUAAUACCCCUUUUACCCAACCCAUCGACCCCCCUCUCUUAUCAAUUAAAUUCAAGAUGAAGUUCGCAUUCAGCUCAGCCCUUUUGUUGGCCACUUUGACCGCCGUCUUGGCACAAGAUUCAUCAAGUGCAGCACCAUCUUCUUCCUCUUCAGCCGCACCCGCUUCUUCAUCCAUGAUGUCUUCUCAAUCUUCAAGCGGUGGUGAUGCUCAAGCAACAUCUCGUCCUACUUGCACUUUGGUCAGCGGAAACCCCAAAAAUCAACCAUUCGGAUGCAUUGAAGGAGCUUCCACCGUCACACCUCCUUACAACUCUGAAUCUUUGCAAAGCUUCUUGAUCGGUGGAUACAACCCCGGUGUAGAAGGUCACUUUGUCUCUUCAGUCGCUUCAAACUUUGCAAACAGCGUUACAAAAUUGUAUCCAACUUUGACAGAAUCUUACGGAGCAAUCGUCACCCAAUACGUCAACGCUCUCGAACAAUCAAUUUCUGAUUACAAGCCUGACUCUGCUCCUGCUAACCUCAACGUUCCAUCCAAGUUGGGCGCUGCCGCUUUGGUUGCCGCUGCCGUUGUUGCCGGUGGUGCUUUUGUUCUUUAAACAUACAAACAAAACAAAACAAACAAAUUAACCCACACAUCAUCAUCAACUUGUUGUUCUCUUUUCGUUCUGCUGUACGUGUACAUGUUUCUCGCGUGACUGUCGUUCAAACAAAACGCUAUGUUUAUCAUCAACUAUCAUCCUUUUUUUUAAAUAAUUGCAGUUGAUCAUCAUCUUUCUCAUCUGGAAAACUGAUCAUACUUUUCGUCUUUAUAACCGUAUAUAGAAUUUUAAAUACAUUACCUACUCUCAUUUGACAAAAUUCACAUGGCUGUUUUGCUCAAAAGAGAAUUGCAUAAGAUCAUAUUGUUGUUGUUGAUGAGGAAUAUAUGAAUGCUGAAGAAAUGAUAAAGGUUGUACAAUGGAUGAUU